AUGAGUUUGAAACCUCACUUUGGCGUACUUCGAAAAGCUGCCGUGCGCCGUGAUAUCAAAAUCAGAGAGAAAGUCGCAGAGAGCGAACUUGUUCGGCAAGCAUACCGUUAUAUCAUUCGUAAUGAAACUCUAUCUCCGCGGCUUCGUCGGCAAGCACAACUGAAUUUGAAUUCUUUCGAUAUCCACUCCCGUCCUACCUCAAUAAGAAAUAGAUGUUCAGAAACGGGGAGAGCGAGAGGCGUUUUUAGAGAGCAUAGGUUGUGUAGGUUCCAAUUUAGGCUUAAGGCUUUGAGCGGGUUAUUGCCUGGUGUUAAAAAGGCAGUAUGGUGA